AUGAGUGGCUGGAACCCGGGCAAUGGAAAGGCGGAGGAAGGCGAAAAGUCCAGAGCCAUCUCGGCCUCCAUCGACAGUUAUAACGUCAAAACCAAGCGGCAAGAAUUUGAAUCAGACCCAGACACCUCGACUGCCUUGCAAGCUCUCGAGGCCUGCGCUGUACCAGAUGAAUUCCAUUGCAUCACAAUGAACUCCAGCCUUCUCACCAAGGCUGCCGCCCCAGUGCGGGCUCUUGCGCAGUGCAAGUUCGCCAGCCAUUCCAAGGUCCGAAAAUGCGUCGGCAACGGCGCCUUCGUCCAUACGACCGCUUCUUUUCAAGCUUCUAUCCCAAGGCGCCGACCGGCCAGCACCAGACGGCACACGAUUCCGUCGGAGCGACGGUCAUUCCAUGCCACCAAUUCACUCGCUCAGAAAGACCCGUACAAUGCCCUCGGCGUGAGCAAAAGCGCAACGGCCGCCGAGAUCAAAAAGGCUUACUACGGCCUGGCCAAAAAGUACCACCCCGACACCAACAAGGACGCGACCGCCAAGGACAAGUUCGCCGAUAUCCAGUCUGCCUACGAGAUUCUCUCGGACCCGAAGAAGAAGGAGCAGUUUGACCAGUUUGGCACCGCCGGUUUCGAUCCCAGCGGAGGCGGUGCGCCCGGUGGCGAUCCCUUUGGCGGCGCCGGCGGCCCCUUUGGCGGCUUCGGUGCUCAGGGUGGAUUUGGAGGGGGCAUCAACUUCGAAGACAUCUUCUCCGCCUUCACCGGUCAGCAGGGGCCCUUCGGGGGGCGUCGGGGCGGACGGGCGAAUCCGUUUCAGCAGGAAAUUCUCGUGGGCGAAAAUAUCGAGGUACAAGCCAGCAUCACCUUCAUGGAGGCCGCCAAGGGCACGAGCAAGACCAUCUCCAUCACCCCCCAGGUCGCCUGUGGAACCUGCACAGGGAGCGGCUUGAAGGCGGGCACCCAAAAGUCGCCCUGCAAGGCAUGCAACGGUACAGGCACCAGGCUGCACUUCAUGCAGGGUGGUUUCCAGAUGGCCUCGACUUGCGGCACGUGCGACGGAACCGGCUCCACCAUCCCCAAGGGUUCGGAGUGUCGCACAUGUUCCGGCAACGGUGUCGUCAGGGAGCGAAGGACCAUAACCGUCGAUAUUCCGGCAGGCAUCGAGGAUGGCAUGCGAUUGCGAGUCGACGGCGCCGGUGACGCCCCUCCCACAGGUCGCACGGCGGAGAGCAACGCCAGGGUCCAGCGCGGCGAUCUUUACGUCUUUGUUCGCGUCGCCAAGGACCCCAGGUUCACCAGAGAGGGCUCCAACAUCCUGUACACAGCCAGCAUUCCCUUGACGACCGCCCUCCUCGGCGGCCAGGUCUCCAUCCCCACCCUGGACGGGGCCGUCAACGUCAAGGUUGCCACCGGCACGAACACGGGCGACAAGAUAACCAUGUCAGGAAUGGGCAUGAAGAGACUUGGUUCCCGAAGGGGCGGCUCCGGCGAUCUGAGGGUCGAAUUCAAGGUCAAUAUGCCAAAGUACCUGAGCGCGAAUCAGCGGACCAUUGUUGAGAUGCUAGCCGACGAAAUGGACGACAAGAGCGCCAGGCGGGUCAUGAACGUCUCGUCAAAGGGUUCCAGCGUGGACCCAUCCAGCCAAGGCUCGCACAAGGACGAGGGAUUCCUCAAGUCCAUGUGGCAUAACCUGACAAACCACCCUGCGCAUCAACAAGACGCCGAGAGUCAAUCCAGCACCGGUGCAGACCAAGAGAAGCGGGACAAGCCCAGUGGUGACGCCAAGAAAUCCGACCCUGCUUCCAGCUGA